AUGAGCAUGAAGAUAGAAGAAGACAGUGUGCUGAAUCAAAAGCAAGGGAUAGUCACUAUUUUGAACUGUAACACUGACACUAAUUUCACACCACCUUCUCUUAGAAGAACUCUCUCAGCAGACAUGUCUUCCAAGAAAUGGCUUUCUCAUAAUGGUUCUUCCAACACCAUCAAGAAGAUUUCAUCAUCUGAGAAUCUGUUUGGACAAAAUGAUGGUGAGUUCAAAGAAGCUAAGUUGGGUGAUGAUGAAGAUGAAGCUGAGAGAGAGAGGCUUCAGAUUUGGAGUUCAAUCCAGAGAAACAAGAAGGAAGAGCAAGAGAAAGGUGGUUCGUUUGAUACUUGGAGUUCACUCAUGUCUUUGAAGACUAAUGAUGAAAUCUCUAAGUCACUUCCACCUUACAUUCAUCCUCUCGCUAAGAGGACGAAAAGCUCUUUGUCUAGGAAGAGCCUUGAGAUUUGCACUGAGAGUCUCGGAUCCGAGACUGGUUCUGAUGGUUUAGUGUUCUCUUACCCUCCAUCUGAGAGUCUCGGAUCUGAGACUGAGUCUGAUGAAAAGUUGUCAUCUUAUCCUCUGUCAGAGUUGACAGAGGAUAUACUAGAACAACAACCUCAGACCCAGAAAGAACAAGAACAUGAAGUUAAAGAAAAAAUCAAAGAGGAAGCGUUGGAAGUGGAAAGGUUCAAUUAUGGUGGUGUUACUUGUACUAAUAAAAAGUCACCACCACGAUCCUUCCCUCCACCGCUUCCUUCACUCUCUCGCCAAGACGGUCCUUCUCUUCAGAUGAGGCCACACCGCGACAACGGAAGGCUGGUUUUAGAAGCUGUAUCUCUUCCUUCAUUGAACAACUUCUGUGUUCAACGCCAAGAUGGUAGACUCGUCCUCACUUUUGCAAAUCAAGAUGAAGAAAAUGGCGAGAAUGAUGAGGUAGGUGAGUUGGAGGAAGAGUUUGAAGGAUUCGAAGAAGAUGAAGUUGAAGAUGAGGAAUAUGAGAGUGUGAUAGGAAAAGGAUCAAUAAUGUCUUUUGAGAAAACUACUAUAAAAAGUAGUGUUCAUUGGAUUGGAUCAAACCAUCACACCAAGGUGAAUAAGACAAUUGGGCUAUUGAAUAGGAAUCCAAAGUGGUCAAAGAAGUUCAACAAUGAAGUGGAUAACAAAGAUGUUCAAGUAGUGGAAGCUAGUCAAAUGGUAAAAUCACUUCCACCAAGGCCAAGAGUUGCAAGAUUGAUUCCAUCACCACCCAAUGCAGCAACUGCUUCAUUCAAUUUUAAUUCUUAUCAACAUUACUGGAGGACCACAAAUCCAACAUCAACCAAAGGUGGUAAUUAUCCACUUGACCGUUACCAAGAGAAAAACAACACCAACGACAACAACAACAACGACAACAAAUGUAACAAAAUUGUCGUGUCUGCAAAAGGUGAGAUGAAGAACAUGAACAUGAACCGUGUUUCAAAUGAGAAGCAACAGCUUUUGGUUCUUAAAGGAAAGAAUGGUGAUUAUUUGGUUCAUAAUUUGAAGAAUUGCAAGGAUUCAAGAAGGUCUUUUCUCUUUUGGGAACCUUAUUGCAUUGCUACCUCAUGA